AUGAGCUAAAACCAGUCUAAUGUCGGACAAGUCACACAAGGCGUGCAUUUAGGUUCACAGCACCGGCUAAUAACACGUCAGCAUUAAUUGGACUCUCGCACUCUAGGGUGGGGUCCAGAAACCCUCGAAUCGAUCCAUGCGUCGAGACCCCCGCAGGAAAGUCCUCUUCCAUCCCUCCCCUAAUACACGUCCAGAGCUGUGCUAACCUCUGUCUCAAGAUCAUGUCCAGUGUCUCAUUGAAUAAUUCUAUCUGUCCAGUGUGCCAACGAAAUUAUCGUGGACCUCGUUCCAGGGACUGCCUUCGCGACCAUCUUUGGGAAUUCAGCUCUAGGUGUGAAAGGCAUUUGGAACAGUAUACCUACUACUUCCCACGUGCAAGGAGAUGCGACAAACCAGGAGUCAGCUGCUCGUUGUGUUCUCGCCGGUAUACCAGGCCUUCUUCUCUGAAGAGGCACCUAGCGGCUCAUGGACCAAAGAAGCACCUGUGUCACGGAUGUGGAAAGACGUUCCGUGAAAAGCGCAAUGUUGAGGAGCAUUUGCAAAAGAGACGUUGUAAGCUUUCUCAGACUCACGAAGUUGAGCCUCAGAACCUGCGUAUCGACCAUGAUCAGGAAGUUUUCACUCCAGCAGAGCCUACAAAUGGCGGAGCAGAAGAAACCACUUCUCGACUUUCCAGACCUGUUGCGACGAGGCCAGAAGAAACCACCUCCCUUUGUGGGCAUACCGAACCUAUCGAGCCACAGAACUUCGAUCUUUCCACACUGGUGCAAAUAUUCAACAGCGAGAAUUUGGUGGCAAACUCUGCUCCGAAUUAUAACACCUCAACUGUUGUCGAACCAUUAAACAGCGACUGCUUGAACCCUUUACUUAUUGACCGCUCACUCUCCAACGUUGAUCCCCAUAGCUUUGACCUCUCGACCAUGGUUCACGGAUUUCACGAUGCCUCGGCGUACACUUUCACGGAAAAUUUCGAUCUUUCGGCCUUGGUUCGUCCGUAUGGGGGAUCAAUGUUAUCAGCACAGGGCUUGAUAUCAACGCAACCCGGAGUCGUGUUUCACGGUUGAUGCAAGUCAAGUGUUACGGAAGCAUGUUGCGGGGUCUUGUCGGCAUUCAUAGCUCCGCAAUGAAGAGGCCAUCAAGUCCUGCGCUCACUUCGACUUCACCAGUAAUGUAGAGUGUCCAUCCCGGCUUUAACUCUACGUCCGAUGCAACAGGACACCCAGAAACUAUUCGGAUAGGAACAAUAGACGCCGAGCCUUUUCUGUUAUAGAAUCGCGCCGCUCCUGGACCAGUCCGAAGGACAGUGUAUCCCCAUCGGCGAAAUUUGAUCUUAACAAUUAGAAAAUUAUUCAAUAGUUUUUCAUCAAAACAUACCUUGUUAUUGGUUUUCAGUAAGUUGAUGAGGGGUUUGCAGGCUUCUUCUAGACCUUCAUCGACGCAUUUUUCUAGAUUGUCUCCCUCCUUCUCAAACUUAGCCUUGUCUCUAAGCCACUUGCUCAGCUCUCGAAGUAUCUCAGUCGUGUCGGCGGUAAUCUGCUCCUGCUCAAGAUGCAAUUGCCCCGGUGUGUGUGUUGCCAUUGCUUGCUUUUGCUAGCCUUCCCGACAGUCGGGCUUUUGUGGGAGUGCCCGCCUUCCUUCCAAG